AUGAUCCCCAUUUGUGUCGCAGAAACGCAACAUCAGUUCAAUGCGAGAGAAAGCGAUUGGGGAUUUAAGUCAUUCAUGCCUCUUAGCGAACUUUAUGAUCCUAGUAGAGGAUAUUUAGCGAAUGAUACUGUUUACAUUGAAGCUGAAGUCGUUGUGCGUAAGGUUCUUGAUUACUGGUCUUACGACUCUAAGAAAGAGACUGGGUUUGUUGGUCUCAAGAACCAAGGUGCAACUUGUUACAUGAAUUCUCUUCUUCAGACACUAUACCACAUACCUUACUUCAGGAAGGCUGUAUACCACAUGCCAACAACUGAGAACGAUGCGCCCACAGCAAGUAUACCUUUGGCGCUCCAAAGUUUGUUUUACAAGCUCCAAUAUAACGACACCAGUGUUGCGACAAAAGAGCUGACAAAGUCGUUUGGCUGGGACACAUAUGAUUCUUUUAUGCAACAUGAUGUCCAAGAACUCAAUCGAGUUCUCUGCGAGAAACUUGAGGAUAAAAUGAAGGGAACUGUUGUGGAGGGAACAAUACAACAGCUAUUUGAGGGUCACCAUAUGAAUUAUAUCGAGUGCAUAAAUGUAGAUUACAAAUCUACACGGGAAGAAUCAUUUUAUGGUACAUCAUUUUUAAAAAUUCACUCUGUUAUCUUUUUCUACCUCAGCAACGUUUUUGUCAUUUUGGCAUGUUCGUAUCUUGUGGCAGACCUUCAGCUGGAUGUUAAAGGAUGCAAGGAUGUUUAUGCUUCUUUUGAUAAAUACGUUGAAGUUGAACGCCUUGAAGGAGACAACAAAUAUCAUGCAGAAGGACACGGGUUACAGGAUGCAAAAAAAGGUGUUCUUUUCAUAGACUUUCCACCGGUUCUUCAGCUCCAGCUCAAAAGGUUCGAAUAUGACUUCAUGAGGGAUUCCAUGGUUAAGAUAAAUGAUCGGUAUGAAUUUCCGCUUGAACUGGACCUUGAUAGAGAGGAUGGAAAGUAUUUAUCCCCUGAUGCUGACAGGAGUGUCCGCAACCUUUAUACACUUCACAGUGUAUUAGUUCAUAGUGGAGGAAUACAUGGUGGGCACUAUUACGCAUUUAUAAGGCCCACGCUCUCUGAUCAAUGGUAUAAAUUUGACGAUGAACGAGUAACCAAGGAAGAUUUGAAAAGGGCAUUGGAGGAGCAAUAUGGUGGUGAAGAAGAGCUACCACAGACUAAUCCUGGUUUCAAUAACCCUCCAUUCAAAUUCACAAAGUAUUCGAAUGCAUAUAUGCUUGUAUAUAUCCGGGACAGUGACAAAGAUAAAAUAAUUUGCAACGUCGAUGAGAAAGACAUUGCUGAACACUUAAGGGUGAGGCUGAAGAAGGAACAAGAAGAAAAGGAAGACAAAAGAAAAUACAAGGCACAAGCUCACCUUUUUACGAUAAUUAAGGUUGCAAGAGAUCAAGACCUUAAGGAACAAAUUGGGAAGGAUAUAUAUUUUUAUCUUGUUGAUCAUGACAAAGUUCAGGAAGGAAUCCUUACAUCUGUUGAAGAAAUGGAUUAUGUGAAAACGGUCUUUUGGGAGGAGGUGGCCAAAGAAUUUGGUAUACCUGUCCGUGUCAGAGGUUCUGGAUUUAGGCAAAGCGACAAAACCAUACCUAUCGUCCCAAUCGCCCCCUUACACCUCAGGAGGAAUUACAACCGUGUCUCUGCUCCAAUUGUUGGACAAAUUAGAGAAGCAUCUAACAAGGCAAACACUGCAGAACUUAAGCUGUUUUUGGAAGUAGAACUACUGGAUGAACGUCCUAUUCCUCCUCCUGAAAAAUCAAAAGAAGAUAUUCUUCUUUUCUUUAAGCUUUAUGACCCCGAGAAGCCAGAGUUAAGGUAUGUUGGCAGACUGAUGGUGAAAAGUUCCAGUAAGCCUAUGGAUAUAACUGGAAAACUAAAUGAAAUGGCUGGCUUUGCUCCUGAUGAAGAAAUAGAACUUUAUGAGGAAAUCAAGUUUGAGCCUGGUGUUAUGUGCGAACACCUGGAUAAGAAAAAAUCAUUCAGAUUGUGUCAAAUCGAAGAUGGAGAUAUCAUUUGCUUUCAGAAACCUCUUGUUAACAAGGAGAUUGAAUGCCGCUACCCAGCUGUGCCUUCGUUUCUUGAAUAUGUCCAGAAUCGACAGCUGGUCCGGUUUCGUGCUCUGGAGAAAUUUAAAGAAGAUGAGUUUGUUCUGGAGUUGUCAAAAUUGCACAGUUAUGACGAUGUUGUCGAAACAGUGGCACAGAAGCUUGGUCUUGACGAUCCAUCCAAACUUAGGCUUGCAUCUCACAAUUGCUACUCCCAGCAACCCAAGCCUCAGCCUAUCAAAUACCGUGGGGUAGACCGUUUGUCAGACAUGUUAGUUCACUACAAUCAGACGUCUGAUAUUUUGUAUUAUGAAGUUCUUGACAUUCCUCUUCCAGAAUUGCAAGGUCUUAAAACCUUAAAAGUUGCUUUCCAUCAUUCCACGAAGGAAGAAGUAGUAAUCCACACUAUCAGACUACCUAAACAGAGCACAGUCGGAGAUGUUAUCAAUGAACUAAAAAAAAAGGUGGAGCUCUCGCAUCCAGAUGCAGAACUGAGAAUACUUGAGGUGUUUUACCACAAGAUCUACAAGAUUUUUCCGUUAACUGGAAGAAUUGAGAAUAUAAAUGACCAGUACUGGACUUUGCGAGCUGAGGAGAUUCCGGAAGAAGAGAAAAACAUUGGUCCAAAUGAUCGCUUAAUUCUGGUGUACCACUUUGCUAAGGAGACUGGACAGAAUCAGCAAGUGCAAAACUUUGGGGAGCCCUUCUUCUUGGUAAUCCAUGAAGGUGAGACUCUUGAAGAAAUCAAGAACCGUAUCCAAAAGAAGCUUCAUGUAUCAGAUGAGGACUUUGCCAAGUGGAAGUUUGCGUUCAUGUCAAUGGGACGUCCUGAGUAUUUGCAGGACUCAGAUGUUGUUUACAAUCGCUUUCAGAGAAGAGAUGUCUACGGAGCUUUUGAGCAGUACUUGGGGUUGGAGCACACUGAUACUACUCCUAAGAGGGCUUACGCUGCAAAUCAGAACCGACAUGCUUAUGAGAAGCCGGUGAAGAUAUACAACUAG